AUGGCCUGGGAAAGGAGCAGUUCAAGGCAACUGUGCAGGCUUCUACUUUUAGGGAUUUUGUUUUUGCCACGUGAGAUGACAAGUUCUGUUUUAACUGUGAAUGGUAAAACUGAGAACUAUAUCCUGAACACUCAACUUGGGGUCCAAGAAUCUCUGGAAUGUACCGUUCAAAACCACACCAGAGAUGAAGAACUGCUCUGGUAUCGAGAAGAGGGGACAGUGGAUUUGAAAUCUGGAAACAAAAUCAACACCAGCUCUGUCUGUGUCUCUUCCAUCAGUGUAGAUGACAAUGGCGUCAACUUCACCUGCAAGCUGCAGAGCAAUCAGAUGGUGUCUGUCUCAGUGGUGCUGAAUGUUAUUUUUCCUCCUCUCCUAAGUGGAAAUGACUUCCAAACAGUUGAGGAAGACAGCGAUGUAAAGCUGGUUUGCAAUGUGAAAUCCAACCCCCAGGCUCAAAUGAUGUGGUACAGAGACAACAGCGUCCUGACCUUAGAGAAAAAUUAUCAGAUCCAACAGACAAGUGAGUAUUUACAGCUGUCCAUCACCAAGGUCCAGAAGUCUGACAGUGGAACCUACAGCUGUGUUGCAAACUCAUCUAUAAAACUGGAGACCAUGGACUUUCACCUAGUUGUUGAAGAUAAAACUAAACCUUUACCAAUAGAAGCCAUUAUUGCUGCAUGCGUCGUGGUCUUUCUGACAUUGUGCUUCGGACUGCUUGCUAGAAGGGAAAGACUAAUGCAGUUCUGCAUAAAGGAGAAAGACCCUCAUGCAGAAACAGCGCUGUAA